UUACGUUACUGCAUGCGACUCAACACCAAGAAAGGGUUUCAGCUUCACAGACAUGUUCAGUUCAGAUUUCGAACACAUCGCAACACAACCGUUUUUAACGCUGCUCGUCUUAUUAUCUCCCGCAACAUUACGUCAUUCGCAUGCGCCUCUGCCUGAAGACAACGAAGGACAGAGCAUGGGAUAUCUUAGUAGAAUACUUCUUCUUACUCAGUUGCUAACCUUACAUCAUAUUUGGGGCAUUAUAGGGAACACCCUGCCGACCUGUGAACAGUCCCAGUUCAAGUGCAGAAACGGGAAGUGCAUUCCCGGCCUCUGGGUGUGUGACAGAGACAGAGACUGUGAGGAUGGCAGUGAUGAACUCCUCUGCAGGGAGCAGACCUGCCCAGGGUUUCUGUGUAAAGAUGGAGGCUGCGUUGCCCAGAGUGCUCUCUGUGACAACACUCCGGACUGCCGUGAUGGCUCUGACGAGUUAGAAGAUACCUGUGGUUUGCGCCACUGUAAGAAGGAUGAGUUUGCCUGCAGCAGUAGCCGAUGUGUAUCCCUCCGCUUCCGUUGUGAUGGCACUGACGACUGUGGCGACGGCAGUGACGAAGCCUCCUGUCAGAACUGUACAGCCGACUUCUUCCUCUGUGAGAGGACAGGGAGCUGCGUUGCCAGGGCCAAGCUGUGCGACGGUCGGCCCGAUUGCCCUGACGGGCAGGACGAGGGCGCUGACGCUUGUCCCUCCGGCCAGCACCCUGCCCCUCACACCUGCUCAAUCUCUGAGUUCAGUUGUGGGGACGGCCAGUGUAUGCCUCACUCCUGGAGAUGUGACCACUCGCCUGACUGUGCUGACGCGAGGGAUGAGGAUGACUGUGAUCAGAAUGAGUGUCUGGUGAACAAUGGUGGCUGUUCUCACCUGUGUGUGGACCAGCCGAUGGGCUUCCUCUGUGACUGCCCUGCUGGUAUGAGGCUGGUGCAUGACUCCCAGUGUGAGGAAAUUGACAUGUGUCUCGACUCUGACGUCUGCAAUCAGCUAUGUGUACAUGUCAACGGGACUUUCUCCUGCGACUGCCAUGAGGGCUACCUGAUGAGCCCAAGGACAGGGGAGUGUAAGGCUAAAGGAGACGUGGCUCAGCUGGUGUUGAGCAGUUCUGAGGGGGUGCGCCGGGUCAACACUGCCGGUAUGGAGUACAGGGAGAUGGCUGCUCACUUACUGGGACCAGGGCCAAUGGCUGCCCUGACUGCAAACCGCACUGUCUACUGGGCAAGGCCAGGACAAGGGUCCAUCUACAGGAUCUCCAUGGAUGGGAAGCCCCUGGAGCCUGUCCUGCUGUUGAAAGGCCAUGGUGCUGUCCUGGGUCUGGCUGUGGACUGGAUCCAUGAGCUUCUCUACUGGACCAACGCUGAUACUCACUCCAUCGAUGUGGCCCGUCUGGACGUCUCUGCACAACGCCUCCUGAUAGGAGGGCUGGCCAUGCCCACUGGAGUGGCUGUGGAACCCUUGUUGGGGUUUUUGUUCUGGGCAGAAGGUGGCAGCUCCCCCAGGAUCGAGCGUGCUGGCCUGGAUGGAGAAGGCAGGCUGCCACUAAUCACCUCAGCCAUAUGGAACCCAGUCGCCAUCUCUCUGGACAUGCCUCGACGACUCCUGUACUGGGUUGACUCAGGGAUGCGCACCAUCUCGAGGGUCGGGUUCGACGGGCAGCAUCGCAAGACCGUGGUGGAGUCCAAUGGAUACCUGGACAGGCCCUUCGGAUUGGCAGUGUUUGAGGGACAUGUAUACUGGAGUGAACAGGACACCCACUCCAUAUGUAGUGCUGACAAGCACAAUGGCAGCCUCUUUAGAGUCAUCCUGCCCAAUAUCGCUUCCCCAGGCGGCUUGGUUCUCAUUCACCCGGUUCUUCAACCAAAAGGCCCUGCUGUGUGUGGAAAUAACGGCGGAGUUUGUCUAUAUGAGUGUGAGCCAGACCUUUUCUCUGGAACAAGCUCUCCCAGCUUCACCUGCAUUCCUCCAAAAGGGAGUAGCGGUGAUGAUGUUGAUGAUACAGUCGUUUCUCACACUCUUCCAGGCCCAGCGCUGUCUGAUACAACCUCUGCUGGAAUCCUUUCGCUCAUAGUUGUCCUGAGUGUGCUAUUGGCAGGGGUGGUGUUGUGGUGGUGGAGGGAGGAGUGCAGGCCCUCCAGGACACUCGACCUCCAAGACUUCUCCCUGAAGGAGUCCCAGGACCCCCUCAUCCAGGCACCAGCCAGAGGCAUGGAGGUUUGUCCUGUCAAGGACACUUUGCUUAAGCUGGACUUGGACCAUUACUGAGUGUCUUAAGUCACGUGUAAGAGUCACCGGUGUCCAGCUGUGCUCCCACCCCUCCCAGUGCCAGCAGUCCCUGGAGUCUCAUCAGGUUAUCUGGCCAAAGGGAGUGAGAAGAAGAGAGGAGGCAUCUUACAGCACUUCCCCUUGAUGACCAGUGGUCCUCCCAGGGCCUCAUUCAACCUCAAUGUUGAUUUCAUUUGAGUUGUGGCUCAUUUAAAGCCUGGAUCAAGUACACCUCGGUUUCAGUGAAGGCUAAAAAUGUACUUAAACAAUUGACUUGAAAAUUACUUGAGCAACUUUGCGUUUUCUAACUUGACUGGAGUUUUAUUGGAAUUGACCCCAGCCUUGGGGGUCCUGGAGCAUGUCAGUGAUUAGCUACAGAUGUCCAGCCUAUGAGAUACUGUACCUCUCAUGCAUACACUUGAAUUGUGACAACAUCUGAAUGUUUUUUUGCAAUCGGUUGGCUAGUCUAUAUGUUCAAACUAAUCCCCAUAUUUCGUCAGGGCAUGGACUCUACAAGGUGUCAUCAGCAUUUCACGGUGAUGCUGGCCCAUGUUGACACCAAUGCUUCCCACAGUUGUUGCAAGUUGGCUGGAUAUAAUUUGGGUGAUGGACAAUUCUUGAUACACACUGGAAACUGUUGUGUGAAAAACCCAGCAGCGUUGCAUUUCUUGACACUCAAAUCGGCGCGCCUUGCACCUACUACCAUAUCCCGUUCAAAGGGACUUAAGUAUUUUGUCUUGCCCUUUCAUCCUCUGAAGGGCACACAAACACAAUCCAUGUCUCAAGACUUGAAAAUGAUUCUUUAACCUGUCUCCUCUCAUUCAUCUACACAGAU